UGGUGCCUUCUAAAAUAAUGGAACAACAGUCUUACCUUUGGGAAAGGACUAUAAACUCCUUAAAAGAACCAUUAAGUCAAUUUACUAGUUUAAUCUCAAGAGAACCAGGAACCACUGAAACGAGAAAAGUGGGUAAUAGUAUAGAAACAAAAAAAGUAGGUAAUAAUAAAGAAUUGGAUAAUAUAGAAGUAGAUAAUAAUAGAGAAGUGAAUAAUAUAAAAACAAAAAAAGUGGAUAAUAUAAAAGUGAAAAAGUGGGUUAAUAUAGAAAUGGAAAAAGUGAAUAAUAUAAAAGUGAGAAAAGUAAAUAAUAUAGAAAUGGGUAAUAAUAGAGAAGUAGGUAAUAUAGAGAUGGAAAAAGUAGAUAAUAUAGAAGUAGAAAAGAGGAAAAAGUGA